AUCAAAAAUCAAUCAUCAAUCAAUCACUCAAGAACAAAAAGAGGUUGAUAAAUCUAGUUUAAUCAAAACCAUAGAAUUUUAUUAAACCAGGCGUCUUUUCGCUUAUAAAUACACUUUAAACCGCAAAGUGCUUGCUAAAUAAUGCCCUUAAACAAAUAAACUCUCAAUAACAAAACAUCAGCCAGAGAAAUCGAUAUUAAAACCGACUGGAUUCAGUUAUACCUAGUAUUUUUAACAAUGGAAGCCCUAAUUCCCGUCGUUAACAAACUGCAGGAUGUUUUCAAUACUGUUGGAUCUGACGCCAUUCAUCUUCCCCAAAUUAUCGUAUUGGGAACGCAGAGUUCAGGAAAGAGUUCGGUGAUAGAAAGUCUUGUUGGUAAAAGUUUUUUGCCUAGAGGAACAGGUAUUGUAACUAGAAGGCCACUGAUUUUACAGCUGGUUUAUAGUCCAAAAGAGGAUAAAGAACAUCGUAGUGCCAAAGAUGGCACCUUGGACAUUGAAGACUGGGGUGUUUUUCUUCACAAGAAAGAUAAAAUCUUCAGAGAUUUUGAGGAUAUAAGGAAAGAAAUCGAAGAUGAAACUGACCGAAUCGCGGGAUCCAAUAAGGGGAUCUGCCCUGAACCUAUUAACCUGAAAAUCUACUCUGAUAAGGUUGUUAAUCUUACUUUGGUAGAUUUGCCUGGAAUAACAAAGGUUCCAGUUGGUGACCAACCUCCUGAUAUAGAACAACAAAUUAGAGAACUAGUAGUAAAAUACAUUGCUAACCCAAACUCUAUCAUUUUGGCUGUGGUAACUGCAAACACAGAUAUGGCUACAUCGGAAAGUUUGGCCAUUGCCAAAGAUGUAGAUCCAGAUGGGAGAAGAACUUUGGCAGUUGUGACCAAAUUGGAUCUUAUGGAUGCUGGAACCGAUGCUAUAGAUGUGCUUUGUGGUCGAGUUAUUCCAGUAAAACUGGGUAUUAUAGGAGUAGUGAAUCGAUCUCAACAAGAUAUUCUAAAUAAUAAAUCAAUAAAGGAUGCUUUAAAGGAUGAGGCUACAUUUUUACAAACUAAAUAUCCAACUUUGGCUGCCAGGAAUGGAACUCCUCACUUAGCAAAGACUCUUAAUAGAUUGUUAAUGCAUCACAUUAGGGAUUGUUUGCCUGAUUUAAAGACCAGAGUAAAUUUAAUGAUGUCCCAAUUUCAAUCCCUACUGAGUUCUUAUGGUGAAGAUAUCUCAGACAAAAGCAAAACUUUACUGCAAAUCAUAACAAAAUUCGCUUCAGCUUAUUGUUCUACGAUAGAGGGCACUGCUAGAAAUAUCGAAACGACUGAACUCUGCGGAGGGGCAAGGAUAUGCUAUAUUUUCCAUGAGACGUUUGGUCGCACAUUGGACUCUAUUCAUCCUCUGGCUGGAUUGACAAAAAUGGACAUUUUAACUGCCAUAAGGAACGCCAACGGACCUCGGCCGGCCCUUUUUGUACCAGAAGUGUCAUUUGAAUUGUUGGUGAAAAGGCAAAUAAGGAGGUUGGAGGAACCUUCACUCCGAUGCGUUGAGUUAAUUCAUGAAGAAAUGCAGAGGAUAAUACAGCAUUGCGGCAACGAGGUGCAACAAGAAAUGCUGCGUUUUCCGAAACUGUACGACAGUAUCGUGGAUGUGGUGACCCAGGUCUUACGGCGUCGCUUGCCUACCACCAACACCAUGGUGGAGAACCUGGUGGCCAUCGAGUUGGCAUACAUUAACACAAAACAUCCGGAUUUUUAUAAAGAUAUCGCGGCUGUACCUUCUAUGAUUAAAUCGGGGGAACCGCAGAGGAACCCCAACAGACCAAAGAGCAUGUACGGCAGACAAAAUGUACAUCAUAAUACCGUGACUGGGGUCUACGAACAGAAUGAAUUGAUUCGCUCUCCAUCUCGCCGUGUCUCUACAACCCAAGACCCUUCCGAUUUCUUUAACUACUUAUUUAGCAUCUUGCCUAUCUCUAGCUAUGGUGACUUCAUGAAUGCCGUUCAGGUCAGGUCUAACAGUAACCCUCAAUUAAACGAUGAUGCGACCUCCUGGGUUUCAAAUUUGACGGCGACCCAAAACGGCGUGAAAGAAAAUGACCUGAACCACGCUAAUAAAAUGUUCGAUGGUCCCGAGCACGAUUUAAAAUCGGUUUUAAGUCCGGAUAAGCCGGUAAAUUUGUUGCCGCAGGUACCGUUAGAUGGACGUUCCUAUAGGAAUUUGAGUGCUAAUGAAGAGCAUGACUGUGAAAUUAUUGAACGACUGAUAAAAUCCUAUUUCUACAUCGUGAGAAAAUCGAUUCAGGACACCGUUCCGAAAGCCAUAAUGCAUUUCCUAGUAAAUUUCGUUAAAGACAAUUUACAAUCCGAACUCGUCACUUGUUUAUAUAAAGCCGACAAUGCAGAUCAACUGUUAGAUGAAUCUGAGCAUAUCGCCCAGAGGCGUAAAGAAGCAGGGGAUAUGUUAAAGGCUUUACAAAGGGCGGCCCACAUAAUAAGCGAAAUUCGAGAGACCCACAUGUGGUGAAGAAGACUCGACCGUUAGUGGCAUAUAAGUUUUAAAAUAGAAUUGAAUUUUGUGAACUAACUUUUAAAAAAUGCGAGACUAGUCAACAAAGUAGGCGAUUUGCAGCACUGGUUACAACAAGCGAGCAUUUUUAGUUGAGUUUUUUUUGACCUUGUUAUAUUGUUUAAAGUAUUGUACUAUUAUUGAAAAUGAAGAAUUCGAAAAUU